AUGACCGCUAACGAUUUUGAAAUUCCCAAAGGGUUAACAAUGGCAUUACAGGAAUUCACUGUCAGUUUAAUUAAAGAGAGGCCAAACAACAUAUACGAUUAUGCAGCAAGUUAUUUUACUAGAUUAUUGAAAGAAAAGGAACGUUUGCUGAAUGAUGAAGGCGACUAUGAUGAAGAUGAAGAAAUCGCAAAAUUACGAUAUGCCAAGCGCCAAUCCGUUUGUGCUGAAUCAUAUCAACCUGAAGAGGAUGAAGAAGGAGAAAACGCAGAAAAGAUUGUACUUCCUAAAACCGAAGAACAACGUAAACGAUUGGAAGCAUCUGUCAAGAGCUCUUUCUUAUUUAAAGCACUGGAUGAGGAUCAAACUAUAGAAGUGUUGGACGCAAUGUUUGAACGAAAGGUGAAAGUAAAUGAAGAUGUUAUUGUUCAAGGAGAUGAUGGCGAUAACUUUUAUGUAAUUGACCAGGGCACUUACGAUAUCAUCGUCGAUAUUAAUGGAACUCCCAAAACGGUAGCAACAUAUACUGAUUCAGGAAGUUUUGGUGAAUUAGCUUUGAUGUACAAUACUCCUAGAGCCGCUACGAUUACAGCAAGAACUGAAGGAGUACUUUGGGCUUUGGAUCGAAAAACAUUCAGAAGAAUUUUAUUAUCCGCUUCAUCUAAAAAGCGUAAAAUGUAUGAGGAAUUGAUCGGUUCGGUCGAGAUGCUGUCUGAAUUGGAAGCUUAUGAGAGAACGAAUUUAGCAGAUGCUUUAGAAUCGAAGAAAUUUAAAGAUAACGAUGUUAUUAUUAAACAGGGAGACGAUGCUGAUGCAUUUUACUUUGUUGAGAAGGGCCAGUGUCGAGUUAUUAUCCAGAAAGGUAGCGAGGAAAAGGAAGUAGCACGACUAGGGAAAGGCGAUUAUUUUGGAGAAUUAGCACUUGUAACGCAUAGUAAAAGAGCAGCUUCUGUUUACGCAGUAGGAGACACUAGUAUCGCAGCCCUCGAAGUUGGAGCUUUUGAACGCUUAUUAGGUCCAUGCAUGGAAAUUUUGAAAAGAAAUAUGACUAAAUAUCAAGAUGUAGCAGACAAACUUCAUAAUUAA